GCCUUAGCGUCCGCAAGGAAAUAUGAAGGGGACAAGACUCUGCGGCGUGACAGGCCUUUUCCUUGUCGCCUCGGUGCAUGGGUUCGUUGCUCCUUCUUGCGCACGUAGUGCGCUGCGUGCUAGCUCUAGCUGCGGCAACGGUUUCCUAGCGGGGACUCAUGAGGCUUAUGGGCGGGUCACCGAAAGCCGGAACCCCGCCAGGGGCGUUCGGUCACUCUCUAUGACCAAACCUAACUUCACGAAGACCUUGGGGACCGUUCUGAUCGUCGGCUCGACCAUCGGGGUGUCGGCGAUCCCAUUUUUGUCGUUGGGGCCACAGCAGCAGUCGAAAGGCCCUAAGACUGUCCGCGUUGUCGACGAAGACGGUAACACUUCCGAAAGAGGGAUCCUGACGGCUAUGACGCGGCCGGAGAUCCAGAAGAAGCUUUCCCAGAUCCCGGUCUUCUUCUUGAGGGACGAGAGCGGUGCCGUGCACGUGGAGAACGGCGAGGGUCUCUUCUUCAUGUCCCCGGGAGACGCUAAGGAAAAGCUUCAAGACCUCAAGGGCGCGGAAGGGACGAAGGUAGCGGCCACGACGCUCGAUGACAUCUGGUACCCGCUCAUCAAGAAGAAGGGGCUGAACAAGAAGCCGGUGGCCGCGGGGGCCUCUGGGCUUAGCGACCUCUCCUGCCGUUACAGGAUCAUCCCGCGAAGCAACCAGGUUGCCCAGGCGCUGGAGACUCAGGGCUGGAACGCCGUGGCGGAUGCGGGCGGCGUGCCGGUGUGGGCGGCGGAGACCCUCGCCUUCAGGGGGGCGGGGAACAAGAUGAAGCUGCCCCUGUUCACCAACGUGGACGACCUCAUGACCAGCUGGGACAGGUUGGAGACAGAGGGGGGGUCCGAAGCCAAGUCCCCGACGAUUCAAGUGUCAUCCAUCGGAGCUAUCAUCGACAUGAUGCAGCGUGGUGGGGGAGACCAGAGAAAUCUGGAGUUCUUCGCUGACAUGGACGCGAUUGAGCAGGCGGAAAAGCUCUUGUAGGAAAAAAAUGCAGACAUGUAUUGUACUGUUUACAGUACUUGAGGAGGGAAUGAAGUCUUCUUUUCGAGCGAAGCCAAAGGGGGCCUGCCUGCCUGCCUGCCUGCCUGCCUGCCUGCCUGCCUGCCUGCCUGCCUGCCUGCCUGCCGUAACCUCAAGCCACCCUGUCUGUGCGUAGAAUCACACAAGGCCCGACCGAAGCAGCCAGGCUGCAGUGACAACGUAAAAAAUGGCCUAAAAAAGUGCGACGUUCAACGCUAAUCCAGGCGUGUCCUUUGGGUUUGAUGUUAUUUAUUUUAGUAGUCAGGUUUAGUCUAGGGAUUUUUUUUUUUUUUUUCUGCCGCCGACAGGUUAUCGUUUGGCGAUCUACAGAUAGUUGUCGGUCCAAACAACGGAGAUAAGCGGAUGGAUUGUUGAUCGAUUGUUUUCGCCAGGGUGACCAUCUGCUGUUGCGUCUAGUAGAGACAGACGUCGUGAACAAACAGCAAUCAAGCAGCAGCUCGACCAAUGUUUUGGCGGUGCCCUCUUGUACAUCUGUUUCGACGAAGACCGUGGGGCGUAUGAGCAUGGCGCCAAGGUUUCGCCAUUCACCCCUUCAAGGAACGACCAGUCAGUACAGAAGGAAUGGGCUUGACUCGGGGUGGACAUGAAAAGAUGCG